AUGCAGUCAGUCGCGUUUUCUCUCCUCCUCCUUAUCUCGAUAACCGCCACAGCUAUCCCUCCGACGACCUCCGCCCCGACGAUCGGCGGCGCGUACUCGAGUCCAGGCUCAGUCUCCGGUUCCGUACUACUCUCGCCAAACAGGUUCGCGGAGAAGAUUGUUUCAAGGAAGAUCCCGGCGGUGAGGCUUCUGGACUCCGAUCGGGCGAUGAUUCGCGCCUUCGCCAACACCAACGUAUCCCUCUUCCUCUCCGUUCCUAUUCAUCUGGUUCCACGCCUCGCUUCCGAUCGUCUCUUCGCCAAGCGCUGGGUCAAGCGCCAUGUGCUUCCCUUCUACCCUCUCUCCAAGAUCUCAACCAUCUCCGUCGGGUACGACGCGGCUUCACACUCGCCGGACGUUUCGCCGUUCCUACUCGGUGCGAUGCAGAAUGUCCAUCGAUCUCUCACAGACCUGAGAAUCUUCCAGAUCUCGGUAUCCACUACCUUCUCUUUCUUAAACAUCGUCACCACGAUUUUCCCUCCUUCGGCGGUGCGGUUUAAACAAGAAGAGUCUAUGAGGCCGAUUUUACGAUUCAUAGAAAGAACCAACUCAUCUUUCCUGAUCAAUCUCUAUCCCGUUGAUAUCUACCGAUGCUGCUUCCCCAUUACAGUUGGAUUUGCUCUUUUCAGUGAUUGUCCUUUGAGUUACCAUACCGACCUCGCUACCGGACUUGACUACCGUAGUAUCUUCGAUGUGGUGGUCGACUCUGUGAUCACCUCUAUGGCCGUGAUGGGCCACGCAGAUCUUCCCUUGAUUGUGGCGGAAACCGGCUGGCCUAGCUCGGGAACCCAUGCCAGAUACAGCGACAUGUUCUAUAAAGCAUUACUUACCCGCCUGAGAAGCGGAUCUGGAACACCACUGAGGAAAGAACCGAAAGAGGUUUACAUACUUGAGCUGGAUCACAACAUGGCAAGCAAGUCCAGCUUUGAAGUCUGA